GCGUUUUCGCAAGUGCGAGCGAGCGAGCACGUCGUCUCGUUGUCGCGCGUCGUUCACUUCGCGACGGGUCCGUGUUUCCAGUAAAUGACGCGCGUUAUCGUCGCCCGCCGGAGACUAAUCGUGACGGGGACGAUGACAGUGGCGAUUUGAAGGGGGAUGCGCCGCCGGUUCUUGGUGAACGGUAAACGUGGCGCACCUCGCGGGCUUCGUCACGGCUGGACAGUGUUCCCGUACGACCCCCGUGAGUGGCCUCGCUGACCCAAUUUCGACCAACGAUCGUGGCCCUUCUGAUCGCGCGGCCACGACCCUUCCUCGUCGAAUCGCCGUUCCGUCCGAGUUCAGUGGCUUUCGGUGACGAAUGACGACGAGAACGACGACAAUGACGACGACAUCGUCGCGCGUAGCGAAUUUUCUUAGGCUAGAACGAGUCCGCAUUCUCGCGCUUUAGUUUUUUUUUUUGUCGAAGAUGCCGUGGACUCCUCGAUUUUAAGAAAAAAAAUACAGUGGCUGAGAAAAAUUAGGUUAAGUCGACGGACGCGAGUUUACCUUCGAUCGUCGACCAAUCGUGGGUAGAGUACGAUCAACAGGCGAUUUUACGACGGGCACAUCGAGUGAGACGGGUGAUAUUGGGAAGUGGUGAAUAAUACAUGGAUGCUGUCGCCGUCGGCUCUGGCAGCUUCCGCAUUCUCACUCGAGGACCAGACGACGCGGCCGAGAUGAGACAUGACUGUCCGAAUCCACGUGCGGAAACGUCGAAGGGACACGAUUAUACCAUUGUGAUAAAUCGCCAGCAGCCUCUCGCCAGGAUCCGUACGUUCAUAUAUGACAGUACAUGAGAGAAGCCUCAAUCUCGAGCAAGAUGCCUCACGUCACGCGAAAGUGGGAAUUGUUCCCGGGCAGGAAUCGCUUUUGUUGCGACGGUAGAGUGAUGAUGGCACCACAGACUGGAGUAUUCUACGUCACCGUGUGCCUCAUCGUCGGGACAAGCGGACUAUUUUUUGGUUUCGAUUGUCCAUAUCUGGCACUACAUGUAACACCAGCAAUACCAGUGAUAGGAGCUCUAUUAUUUAUAUUUGUAAUGUCUGCUCUGUUCCGCACAAGCUUCAGCGAUCCUGGAGUAAUUCCAAGAGCAACACCCGACGAAGCAGCUUAUAUCGAAAAGCAAAUCGAAGUACCGAACAAUGGUAACUCGAAAACAUACAGACCUCCUCCUAGAACGAAAGAAGUCUUGAUUAGAGGACAACCAGUAAAAUUAAAAUAUUGCUUUACAUGCAAAAUAUUCAGGCCACCAAGAGCCUCUCAUUGUAGCCUAUGUGACAAUUGUGUAGAGAGAUUUGAUCAUCACUGUCCAUGGGUUGGCAAUUGCGUGGGCAGAAGAAAUUAUAGAUAUUUUUAUGCUUUUAUAGUAUCUUUGGCAUUUCUUUGUGUUUUUAUAUUCGUAUGUGCAGUCACACAUCUAAUUAUGCUUACAAAAGAUGAUAAGCCGUUUUUAGACGCUGUAAAAUUAUCCCCGAGUAGCGUUAUUGUGGGAGUCGUUUGUUUUUUUUCUGUUUGGAGUAUCUUGGGCCUUGCUGGUUUCCAUACAUAUUUAACUAGCAGUAAUCAAACGACUAACGAAGAUAUCAAAGGAUCUUUCACAAAUAAAAGAGGACAAGAUAAUUUUAAUCCUUACAGUCAAGGAAACAUUUGCGGGAAUUUUUUUUACGUCUUAUGUGGACCAGCUCCACCUAGUUUAAUUGAUCGAAGGGGAAUUGUUACACCUGAAUAUCGCGCCGAGCAUGAACGAGUUACUGAUGAUAAUGUGAUUACUAAUAAUAAGACAUAUGGUACUGCCAAAAUUGUGCAGCCUCAGUCGAACGGUACGACAGUUCAAACGAGUCCCAGUACGGAUCUCACGGGCUCGAUGAACAACUUGAUCAGCGGUCAACAUUCUCCAAGAAUAGAGUCGAUAAACGGUGAGUUGACCCUCUUGAGACACCCUACGCGUUGUCCCGAAGACCUACCAAAAUAUCCGCGCCAGUAUAUAAAUGAUACCUAUGUGCCGCCGUAUCCAGUGCAGCAUUGCUCUCAGGAUUCUGUAAAACAUAUUAAAUACACCGAAGUAGAUCGAUUGAAUCCAGAUUUUCAGAAAUAUCCAUGUAGAUGCGAGGAAGGUCUGCACAAAUAUCCUCAUAGAUGUAGAGAGGAAUAUCAUAGAUGCUCGGAUAAUAAUCUUAUAUAUGACCAGUGUAUAGGGGAUCAAAAAUACGGAAUCGAUCUACAGAAAUAUCCUCAGAGAUACUCCGAGGAUCCUUUGCGUUACAAGAUAAGCGAGAAGAACGGUUAUACCGAUCUGCAAAAGUUUCCUCAAUGCUAUUCUGAGGAUCCAUUGCGACUCUCACAAUCCCCGCAUAUGCUUAAAUAUAACAAUCUGAGGUGUACCGAGCAUAGCUUAAAAUAUCCAAUAACGAAAAACAUUUUGCCGGCACGUAUAUUAGGUACAGGUGGCAUACCGAUUAUCGGACAGACCGCGAUUGGCCUCGUGGUCAACAGAUUCGGUUCCGGACCACUGACCAAUAAUUUAUCAUACACGGAGAACUCGUUAUGUCCGAGCGAUAGUACGGAGGAAGAUCUCUUGAAUCGUCGUUUCAUUAUGAGUUCACUCAGUGAUAAUGAGGAUAUUUAACGUUUAUUAUCAAUCAAUAACGCAUUUUUAAAAUAUAAAAUUCAUUUAUAGUAA